AUGUCUGUUGCUGCAACAGAGAAGCGACCGGAGAUUAUUGAGAUUGCCCGGGAUCUGAAUCAUGUUCCCAUGUGCGAAGACUACGAGCGCAUGAUCUCCGGCAUGCUAUAUAAUCCCAUUGUUCCCCGGUUGAUGGAAGCUCGUCAUCGGGCCCGCGGAGUCACUCAGGACUACAACAACCUGGAUGCAAAAUCCGUGUCGUACGAGAAGAUCGCAGACGUGCGAUUUGAGCUGCUGCAACAGGUGGUGGGGAGAGUCGGCUCGGGAACCUUUGUGGAACCCCCAUUCAAUCCAGACUAUGGCUGUAACAUUGUCAUUGGCCGUGAUUGCUUCAUCAACUUCAACUUCACUGCCCUCGACACCAGCUUGAUCAUCAUCGGCGACCGCGUGCAGUUUGGCCCCAACGUCAACCUCUUCACGGCCGGACAUGAUGUCAGUGUACUCUCGCGCCGCAAGUUUGUCGAAUUUGGCCAUCCCAUUCGUAUCGGCGAUGACUGCUGGAUCGGCGGCAACGUUGUCAUCUUGCCUGGGGUGACCAUUGGCGAGGGCUCAACUAUCGGCGCGGGUUCCGUCGUCACCAAGGAUAUUCCUCCUUUCUCUGUGGCCGUGGGAAAUCCCUGUCGCGUGCGCAAGACCAUCCCGUCUGCAGAGGAGGAGGAGCAGGACCCGAACAACCCUUACCGCAAUAUGGUGCGCGAAGAUAGACAAUAG